UUUUAAUCAUGUCAUCAGCACAACCUGCUCGCGCAUCAGCACGUCAGUCAGCACGUAGGCAACAGGAACUAGAGGCUGAACGUGAGGCAAAACAACGUCGGACCCUUGCUGCUGAAGCUGAAGCCGUUACUGCUACUGAUACUGUCAAACCUCCACAGACACAAAGACAAACUAAUGGACGUAAUGAGGAUAACAACAACACUACCAACGAUGAGACUCUUUCAUUAACAUCCUCUUCACGUAGUUUGAGCCCUGCUCUUUCCGAUUCCGCAUCUCUCAACAGUGAUAACGAGAAUGAGCACAGUAACAAAAAAUCAAUAACAAAAACAAGAGCACUCGCCUCCCGCACAAGGAGUGCAUUAACACAACAACAGCAGGAGCAAGAUGAGCAGGACCCUUCAAAACCAUUUUCAGAUCCCAACUUGCUUUCAUACUGGGAGAUCGCUUUAGUCUAUGGGUUUAUGAUCAAGUUCAAGACACUGCUUAGACAAAACUGUCCACUACAUGAUUUCUCAAUAGAGGACUUGGAAGCUGGCCUAUUGUCGAAAACACCUAACGUUUGUAUUGAGGAAGUUCAUUCCAAUCUACUCUCUAAUAUGCUGAACCGUAAAAAGGCAGUUGACUCUUCAACAUGGCAGAAAGUUUUAUCUGAAACAUUGGAUUCCAAAUUCAGGACUGGCGAGAUGGAGUACGAUCAAAAUCUAUUGAAAUACUAUGGCGACUAUUAUCUGAUCCCUCCUGAGGAUAGGGUCCAGAUUCUUAAGGGCUUGGUCCAUUGGGUAUUGCAGGAAGGAGCCAUCAUCCGACAAGCCAUAGAAGAAGAUUUGGAACAUUAUUCUAUCACACCAUUCGGAAUCGAUCAAGCUAAACGGAUUUACUGGUAUUUUGGAGAGGGCACACUUAGGGUAUUUAGAGAAACUAAAAAUCCCAAAAAGAAGAGUACUGGAUGGGAGACUGUGGCUAGUAGUCUGGAUGAGAUCAAAGCUCUCGUAGAUUCUUUCAACCAGACCUCUUCAAAAUCAGAGAAGGCACUUCAAGAAAGACUACGUGAAGAGAUCAUUGAUCCUAUUGAGGAGAAGAUGGCCCAGGAGAAAUUGAAACAAGAGCGCUUGGAAAAGAAGAUGCAAAGGCUAGCAGAAUUACAUCAAUUGGCAGCAACAAGAACAACUCGGACACGAUCCUCUAAUCGACUCAACCAACCAAAGUACAAUUUUGAUGAUGAUGACGAUUUUGAAGAGGACGAAUAUGAAAUUUACAGAAGACCUUCCAGCAGGCGGAGGCACAAUAACCAACUUCCUCAUCAUAAUCAAGACCAAUAUCAAAACCAAGAUCAAAACCAAAAUCAAAGCCAAAACCAAGUUGAUAACACCAAUGAUACUCCUAUUACAACUACAAAUGAUAUCUCUACAGAGUCUAACACUCUCUUCAAUACAGCAACAGGGUCUGCAGAUCAAUAUCACAUUAAUGGCGGCACUGAGGUAUCUCUGAGGAAUACCAACAGUGACUCUUAUCAUCACCCUCAUCAGCAACAGCAACAACAUGACGAGUAUAAGGACCGUGGCUCAUCUGUCGAAGGCGACGAUAUAUCAAGUACCCGAUCAAGUGUGGGUCGAGAAUCUGAUACGUCCAUCCGAAUGGCUCUACAGCGUGCACGUAUGGAUGGUGGCGAUGAUGAGGAAGAAGAAUUCAGAUUCAAGGAGGAGCCCGAAGAGGAUGAUGUCAAGUUUCCUAGUGUUUCGCAAUCUGUUUUUGCUCAUGCUCCAACCCUCACAACUGCCCAUGUAAAUACUGCCUAUGAAAACCAACCAUCGACAGGGCCUGUACUUGAAUUAAUAUCGACAUCAGCACCAGUCCUUCCAACAACCCAGAGCCAAGAUGUGGACAUGAAAGAUGCCGAGCUCUAAGUUUCGCUCUGUUUCCUGCCAUAUCUCAAUAUCUAUCUUCCUGGAUACUUUCAAGCUUUUCAC